UUUCAACACGUUUACAACAGGAUGUUGAAACGUCAAAUUUAGAAGAAAAAUAUAGCAAGGAAUUAUCAUUAUUAAAUCUGGAAUAUGAAAAAAUGUUAAAAAGCUGUAUUCGGUCACAACGACUUUAUAUGGAUUUAAAACAAAACUUCGAAACUAUUGAAGAGAAAAAUGGACAGUUAAAAGGAUGGUGUGAAUCAACGGAUAAAGAAAAAUCAAUUAUGAAACAAACGGAAACAGAAGCUAUCGUCGUCACUAAUCUAAUGUUUCUAAUGAAGGAAUCACUGAUGUCGUAG